AGAAGGGGAGGGAAACUUAUAUUUGAAGAAACUCCAUAGGAUGUGACUGUACCUUCAGAUACUACUACAGCAAAAAAUAGACUAUGACGAUCAGUACUUUAUUAUUUAAUUUAAUCUAUAGACAGAUCCAAAUGGCUGAACAUUAGUGGUUUAUAAUAGGAUUGCAACAGAUUUUGUUUUUGUUUUAUACUUUAACACAAUCAAAUAAUUGGCAGAAUGACUAUAUAUGUAAUAUUCCAUGGGACUUUUUUUCCACUUUACUAAAUGAAGAUAUCUCUCCUGGAUUUGAGAUUUGUAGACUGGAUCUUUGAAAAGAUGACUUAUAGCUACUGAACUGACAUUCCCAGCUUAAGAGGAAAUCACUGGUCGUUUCCUUGAGCUUAAUUUGACGAUAGACAAUGUUUCAGGAAGAGAAAAAGGAAGGAAGUCCCAGAUUCGGGAAGCUUCAUUUUCCUGUGGGCCUCUGGAUUAAUUCUCCAAAGAAGCACUUUGCCAAACUAGGCAGACGCUGGCCCAGUGUUGGCUCCAUCAAGUCUACCUCCUCAGAUACAGCCAGUCGCAACAAUGAGACUGUGGAAUUACGUCAGCCAACAAAAAACAAAAAUAAUCGCCACAAACGUCUAUCCAACAUCUUCCAUCGCAGCACAAACAGUAUUGCUGUUGGUGGUAGUGGUAGUGGUGCAGGAGGUCGCUGGGCCAGUGAAAAGAAGCUAUCUGAGAUCAUUGAUACAGUACCAGAGGAUCUUGUGGAGCUUUCUAGUCAAAAAAACUUACCUGGUAUCCUCAAAAUAUUCGGAGAUGAUAUUUCUUCUGGCACCAACUACAAAAGUGUAUUGGCCUCUCCACGUUCUACUGCAGGUGAACUUGUGAAAGAGGCCCUGGAAAGAUAUGCAGUCGCUGAUUCAGAAACCGAAAUCUUUGUCCUGUGUGACGUGGUUGGACGUUUUGUAGGCCACGAAGGGGAAUGGAAGAUGGAAUACAUGCGCAUAGUUGGGGACCAUGAGCGUCCCCUGGUUUUACAAGAGAUGUGGAAGCCUAAAGCAGGGUUUUCCCGCAGAUUUGAAAUUAGACGGAAGCAAGAGGUGGAAAAGAUGGCGGCAGCAGAAGAUAAUGAAACUGCAGUUGGGCAGGGUAUCAACGCUCAUGCCCGUAGGUUCCAGAAGAGUCGAUCAAGAGCUGCCUCUGGUGGAAAUACUCCAAUAAGGGAAAGGGAAGACAGUAUUUCUCUUCGUCGUAGUAUAAGUGAUAUCAACUUAAACAGCAAAAAGCGUAGGGAGAGGAAAAUUAUAAAGAGCAUGGUAGCCAAUGAUAAAGAUCCUGAUCAGGAUGGAGAGUCAAGUCAAAAGGAUUCAGAAACCCAAAACUCAACAGAAGGCAAUACUGAUCAAGUAGAAGAUUCUGCUGACCAGGUAUAUCCCGCAGACUUUGAGCGUCUUUCUCAGAGUUUGAUUCAACCACCUGCAGACCACCCAUACUUUCUUCUACUUCAAGGCUAUAACAAAGACCAGGAUUUUGUUAUAUAUGUGAUGACAAGGAAGAAGCAUCUCUUUGGAAGAGCAGAAAAACCGUCCAGAGACAAAGGACCUUAUGUUGACACUUUCCUCUCAGCUCCAGAUAUUCUUCCCCGUCACUGUUGUGUCUGGCGUCUUGAUUCGUCUAGCCAGAAGACUAUUAUUCGUGUAAGGCCUUAUCGAGGAGCUCUUGUUACUCACAAUGGAGGUGUACUUCAAAGAGAAACAGAACUUCAAACAGGAGACUUAUUGGGACUUGGGGAACACUUUCUGUUCAUGUUUAAGGACCCUAAUGUAACCCAGAAUAGACCUGUCUGGCUUCCGCAAUCUUGGUCGUCACCUGGCUUGAGUGGCGCUUUUUCAUGUCAGAUGUGUGGGCGAUCGCUACAGGAGAGGCAAGAGGCAGUUCAAGCUUAUAUAGAGAGCAGAGAUAUGGUUUUGCAGUAUCGCUCUCAAGAAGAAGAUGCUCUGUUGAAAGAAAUUAUUGAGAAAACUGGUAACCCUAAUUCUGAAUUUAAGUUGUCUCCUGCCUACCUCCUCAGCCUCUGCAUUGAACACUCAACUCGAGCCCUUGAUCCAGGACACUUUCCCAAGUUAAUCAUGAAAAUAGCCAGUCUCAUCAAGGAAGUGGUCUGGGAGAAGAUAAAAGAAAUUGGAGACAAACAGCCAGAAAACCAGCAGGACAAGACUUCUCUAAGCACUCUGGGAAUUGACGAAGUAGCUACUGAUCUCCGACCCCUGAUGUUGUGGAUGGCUAAUUCAAUGGAGCUUCUCAACUUUGUUCAGAAAAAGAUCCUUGAUAUGGAAAAGGAAUGGGAAACUGAAGGAUCUUCCCAGGAUGCAUUGCUAUCUAGUGAUUUAGAGGCAUGUGAAGAAUCUAUGGCACUUCUGGAUGAAGUCAUUAUGUAUACCUUCCAGCAGUGUGUGUAUUAUCUAACUAAGACAUUGUAUGCAUCUCUUCCGGCCCUUUUGGACAGCAACCCUUUUACGGACCCCUCAAGUCUUUCAGAUGUGGGCGACUUAAGCAACAUGCCUGAGGGUACCCGUGGCACUCUCGCCAUCUAUCAGGCGACUCUGGAUUUAACUCGCGAUUGUGAAUUGCACCCAGAUCUUGUGUCUCAGACAUUUGGCUAUCUCUUCUUUUUCUCUAAUGCCUCCCUCUUCAAUACACUAAUGGAAAAGGGUAACGGUGAACCCUUCUAUCAGUGGUCAAAAGCUGUUCAGAUCCGCACAAACCUUGAUCUGGUUUUGGAUUGGCUGCAAGGAAUAGGUCUCGGUGACAUUGCAUCUGAGUUCUUCAGAAAGUUAUCUACCACUGUAAACCUGCUAUGCAUCCCUAAAACCAGUCUUUUGAAGAUUUCUUGGAGCAGUCUCCGUAAUGAAUAUUCAGCACUAAGCGCAGCACAGCUCAACCACUUGUUAAGAAACUAUCAUCUGGGGGUCGGGAGAUCUCAUCCAGCUGCUUGGGACCCCCCUGAGGAGGAAAAGGAUUUGAUCACAAAUACAGAUAUAUUUGAGAGUUUCACUGAUCAUCCUCCGCUGAUCCUGCCAUGUGAAAACUUCCGUAUGCAACUUUCCAAGAUGAUCGCCAAUGAUGCCUUUCAUCACCAGCUGUGCCAAAUACGUCACUUUGUAUGGGACCUUGAACAAAAAUCUCUCCCAGCCAAUCAAAGAGCUUCAUAUAGAUUGGAAAGCAGCCAGUAAGAUCAGAAUAAAAAUAGAAAGCCCCCUCAAAAUUACUGAGAGCAAAAUAAGAUCUGACUUGGCUCAAAUAUAUUGGGAGCUGGGGCUGUACAGUAAAACCAGUUUCAGCAAAAUAUUAGUUCUGUCUUGGCUUAUGAGCUACAAAGGAAGAGAAUCAAAAUUAUCAUCUUAAUUAAUUUCCUGUUUCUGAAACCCACCUCAUAUUGCACUUAAAGGAAAGAUCUAAUGGACAUCAUUAAACUUAUGAAGAUCAAAAAUCAAUAACCACUUGUAUGUCAGUAAACUGAAUUGAGGCAACUACGCAACAACUACAGUACAUCCAAGUGGACAUACAGUGAAAUAACAUAUACAGUUGAUCAAAUUAUUUGUCUUUUCUAGUUGUGCUAUAUUGGUUGCUUGAACAAUCUUUCUAUUUUAGCAGGACACAUACAAGUAUUUAAUAUCUUUGCAAAGCAACUUUAUUUAUACUAAUCUCUGGAGUAACAUGUAUGUUUCACUGUUAUUUGACUGGAUAAGAAAAACAGCCCCUUUAUGUUGCAUUCUCAUUCUAGGUACAGGAUACAGAAAAAAUUAUCUUUCACAGGCUGGCUGAGAAACAGGAUUUGAAGUCUACCAGUUACAGCAAUUUUAAGUUCAAAAAGAAAAUUGACAUACAUGAAAAAAAAUCAUAAUUUCUAUUCAUUAUAAUAUAACUUAAAUACUGAUUAACGCACUGUCCUUACGUAUUUUAAAUUUUUGUCUAUAAAUAAGUAUUUGAAAUAGUGGCAGUACCAGUGGACUGCCGGGAGUCAACAAUACAAUCUUAGCUUUCAAUUUCCCAAUAAAACUACUUUUAAUUGUCCAUAA